AUGGCUGAGCAGUUUACUGAGGUAGAUCGUUUACGAGAGAAGCUAACGUUACUCGAGAGUCUGGAAAUAUCUGACCAACGCCAGGAGGACAUCAGCAGAGAGGAUGUUUUGUCGCGCAUUGAGAAAGUCAUUCAGACGAUAGUCAUCAGUGUGUCUAAAGGUGAAGCUCCUGUGCUGAAAGUGAUGAACAGAUCCAGCUGGACCAAUGUCAGAUUUCAGAAGUCUGUUGGUUUGGUGCUGAAGGCAGAUGUCUCUACAACUUCUCUCCGAUGUGACUGCCCUUCAUCAGCCACCAAGUUCGCCCUGAUUCUGAAGAUCUUGUCUGUCAUUUACAAACUUGUACAAAGUGACUCCUAUGCUACUAAAAGGGAUAUUUACUAUAAUGACGUGCAGCUGUUUGGGUCACAGAGGACCGUGGAUUUCAUCGUCGAGGACGUUUCGUGCUUGCUGAAGGUUCCUCGUAGGAGUCUACAUGUUCUUGCAACAUCCAAAGGCUUCAUCUCAGGUGAUCUGUGUUAUUUGGAGGAAGAUGGCACGAAAGUGGACUGCAAUUCCAGCUCCGCGGCUACCCCUGUGUCUUCCAAUGUUAACGGCAUCAGAAACAUUGUAUCAUCUGCAAAAUUCAUUCUGAUAGUGGAGAAAGAUGCAACGUUCCAGAGACUACUGGACGAUGAUUUUUGUACCAGACUUUCGCCCUGCAUCAUCAUAACAGGUAAAGGGAUGCCUGAUGUCAACAGCAGACUGAUGGUGAGGAAACUGUGGGACACGCUACACGUCCCAGUUUUUGCUCUGGUGGAUGCAGAUCCUCAUGGCAUCGAGAUCAUGUGCGUCUACAAGUAUGGCUCACUGUCAAUGGCCUUCGAGGCCCACAGUCUGACUGUCCCCAGUGUGCUGUGGUUGGGCCUCCUGCCUUCAGACAUCCAGAGGUACAGAGUGCCGGAGGAAAGUAUUAUUCCAUUUUCUCAAUCAGAUGAGAGAAAAAUCAACAGCUUGAGGAACAGACCCUACAUCACCUGCCAGCCUGCGUGGGAGAGAGAGGUAGAAACGAUGCAGAGACUGAAGCAGAAAGCUGAGAUCCAGUCCCUGGCAUCUAUCGCCCCUCAUUUCCUCACUCGAGUCUACCUGCCAAAUAAACUGCGCUAUGGAGGCUGGAUAUGAGCAUCUGCUGCCCUCUACUGGAAUAUGUAUGCCGCACAUGUAGUAUGUUUUCAAAUGAAGAAUACUGUACUUUGUUCUUACUGAAUGUUAGAUGAGCAGUUGUGUUGGAUUACCGUCACCGUAGACUAUGAGUUAUGAGCUUAAAUAUGCCAUACAUCAUCUGAGCUGUUAUGUUAAAGCUGCUUUGGACUGGUACAUUUGCAUUGCCGGUGAAUAUUAUGGAAUAAAUAAACAAAACUAUCCCUUCCCUUUCA